UCUUAGUUUCCUCUGCUAACUCCCAUUUCAUUUACAGUAAAACAAACAAACAAGCAAAUAAAUAAAUAACCACAAGUUAGAGCCAUUACAAUUAUCUAGCAAGUAUCACUUUUGCUGUUGGUAAAUACAAAACGUUGAUGAUAAUAGUGGAUAUAUUGGUGAUGACAGAGGGUAGAACCAGUGUGGAGAGGAACCAGGAGAGGGUUAAGUGGAUAAAGCAGCUCAGAGAGGAAUUGCAAAAAGAGGAGAAAACACAAAAGGAUUCUUCUGGGGAAUCAGAAAAAUCAGGACAAGACGGCAGUCUAGAGGAAUACGCUAGACUACAGGAGCAGAUGAGGAAGAUGAAAGAUGAUCAUGAGAGAUUGAUACAAGAGGAACUGCUGAAGAUGGAAAGUGAACUGCAGGAAGAGCAGACAGAGGUGCUGGAGAAUGAAUUGAUGUACCUGAGAAGAGAGAGGCAGAUCCUUGUUCUGCAGAUCGAGGCCCUGCGCAGAGAGAACCAGCAGGCCGAGGUGGCCCUGGGGGCGCUGUAUGAACUCCACCAGCAGGAAAUGCACUCUCUCAGAGAGGAAAGCCUAAAGGUGUUUCGGACAUUUCGUCAGGUGCUGGAGGAGCAGAAGCGGCUAUCAGAAGGCAGAUAUAGGUCUCUAUUGCUGGAAGCUAUUAGGGAUGCUGUGUACCUGUCUUCCCAAAACCAGCAGCUUCAGGCUGACAACAUGCAGCUUCACAAAGCUUUGGCUGCGCUGAAGACCGGGCCUGACAAACCAAAGCUGCAUGAGUGAACGGGUCAUGCAGAGCUACAUCAUGGUUACAAAACCUACCCUUGCAGAGUAAAUGUUUUUUGGGUCACAGGAAGUACCAGGUAACGACAGGUAAACACAGAUAAAAGGCAUGAUGGAUAUUUAUAAUAUUUAUUCCAGUCAUCAAUACAGUACUUUUAGUCUCUGUUUGUGCAACAUCAACUUUUGCAACAUAAUUUUAAAAAUCUCAAACAAAUAAACCAAAAAUAUGGCAUUCAUCCUAAAAGAGUAAAACAAAACAAAAAAACACGCAGCACACACGGGAUACAGUCAAACCUGCAAUUAAAUAACCAAUAGGUUUUUAUUAAAACAUACAUGCAGAACAAUUAAUGGAUUAUAAUUAAAAUAAAAUUUAAAAAACAAGUCAUAACUAAAAACACAUUACACCAUGUGUCCACCAAGCUUCAAAUAGUUGGGAUUGUUUUUCUCAGUACUGAAAUAAGUUUUUACAGAAUGUUAUUUUUGUUCCCACAAAAUAAAUGUAAUUCAACCAAUUUUUUUAUGUUCCAGAAGAGUACUGUUUUGCUGGGGGUUUGACCUAUGUUUCGUGACCUAUUUUGUGCAGCAUAGAGCUGUUUUGUAGAACUGUGAAAUGAUAUUUCAAUGAAUAUGCCUAAUCAUCUCUCACCUCCUAACUCUCACUCUUCAGAAUAUUUUACACUGUGAAUUUAAACUAUAUUGUAGAUUAGAAAUGGAGGUCAUUUUUU